AUGGGCAAGGUGCGUCUCUUCAAGACGCCGGAGUACAGCGUCAAGCAGCCGCCCGAUCCGGUUGUCUGCAAACCCCCCGCCAACGGGAUCCUGUGCGCGCCCUCGGCCAGCGGGAAGACGGUGCUCUUGGUGUCAAUGAUUCUCGCCCAAUAUCGUGGGUGCUUUGAGCGCAUCUACAUCUUCUCGCCCUCGGUGGAGGUCGACUCCGCCUGGCAGCCCGUCAAGGAGUACAUCAGAGACGAGCUGGGCGUGAACACGGACCGGGAGCAGUGCUGGUGGGAGGACUGGGACGAGGGGGCGCUCCGGAAAAUUAUCGCCGACCAGAAACGCAUCACGCAGAAGUCCAAGGAGCUGGGCCUGAAAAAACUUUACUCUGUUUUGGUGGUCCUUGACGACCAUGCUGAUAACGCCGCGGUGCACCGCAAGACGGGAGACGGCGUUUUGGACACGCUCUUCAUCCGCGGCCGACAUUUCUGCAUCAACACCUGGGUGAGCACCCAGAAGCUGCGUCUCAUGAGCUCCGCCGUGCGGGUCAACGUCAUGUUCUACGCGGUGUUUCGUCUGCGGAACCAGCUGGAGCUGGACGCCCUGGUGGAGGAGCUCUCCGCCAUGCUCCCGAAGGAGACCCUCUACGCCAUGUACGAGGAGGCCACCAGGGAGCCCUACUCGUUCUGGUUCGUGAACCUCCGCGCCCCCAAGGAAGAUAUGUUUUGGGUGCGCUUCGACCGGAAGUGCUGCACCACGACCACGGGCGUCUACGACCCCAGCCGCCACUGGCCCCCGCCCCAGAGGCCACGGCAGGUCUCGGAGGAGUCGGCCACCAGCGAGUUCUCGGCGCGGCGCACGGGGAUUUUCCGCCGUAGAAGAAAGCUCAUGGUGUCUCUGUACGUGGACUCUCGGAUGCGUACACAGGGCACGGACUCCGACUUCUCCUUCGACAUCGGCGAGAGCGUGCACAUCCAGAGCGGGGCCAAGCUGGCCGUCUACAAGGUGCGCAUCGCCGACGCCUUCCUGAGCACGGACCGCGGGACGUUCCUGUACUGGGAAGACGAGGUGGCCGGCACCCUGCACUACGCGGAGCUCCCCGUGGGCGCGUACACGGGCCCUCGGCUGGCCGCGUGGAUCAGCAGCAACUUCGCCGCGGCCACGUACACGGCUGAGACGAACGAGCUGGACGUCACCUACGACGGUGUGCGCCUGAUCCUCAACGACGCCGAGCUCCGGCAGCGCUUCCCGGGCACGGGCUCCUACCCGCCGGGCGCCUCGCCCAGCAAGCCCCUCAGCAUCAACCACCUCCUGGGCCCCAGCUACCUCACGGGCUCCGUGCAGCGCUUCGUCUUCGUGACGAUGAAUCCGUACUCUGAGCUAUACCUCAGGUGCCCGUCGCUGGCCAACGGGGAGACCACGGUCGGCCCGCUGGGGCACGACAUCCUCUGCAAGGUCGUCGUCUCCAAGGGCGUGGGUCAUGUGAUGGAAGCAGAGACGUCGGAGGGCCACUGGGUUCAGCUCCACGGGCCCAUCACGCUGCGCCACUUGCGCUUCAAGCUCACCGACUACCAGGGCAACGUCGUGAACACCAGGGGCACCAGCCCUGCCGAGCCUGCCGCGCCCGACCCCGAGCCCGCAGCAACCCCACUCCCCGCCCCAGCACAGCCCUCGGAGCCGUCGGUGGUUCCCGCUCCCGAGCCGCCGCAGCCGAAGCGAAGAGGCAGGCCGCCGGGCUCCAAGAACAAACCGAAGCCCGCCCCGCCCACCGUGGCGGUGGUGGCCGAGCCUCCGAAGGCUCCUCCGACGGCUGCGCCCGCGCCCGCACAGCCUUCGGAGCCCCCCGCAGCCCCCCAGCAACAGCCAACCGAGCCGGUCCGCAUGACGCCCUCGGAGGCCCGCCACGCCCGGCACCUCUCCCGCGCCGACCGCUUCCACGAGCUCCUGCUCCGCAACACCAUGGAUCUCUGA